AUGGCAGUGGAGCCUCCAGCUGGGCGCGCGCGACCUGCUGUAGUGGUUGUGGCACCGCAUUUUGCUCACCUAAGAGUGGCACCUGCUACAACCAGAGGAGCAAAAGCUAUUAUCUGCAGUGCAGAAGCAACAGCAACGACGAUGGCAACUGAUGCAGCUCCUUUGAUAAGUUUGUGGUCUUGCCUAGCUUGCCGUAGCAACUGGUACACCUUCCAAGGGAAGGGCAAUGUGCUUUGUGCUGCGCCGUUAUUAGCCGCAAACUUACAGGGCAAGAGACGUGCACACGGAACGUCUGCAGCCCCAUUUAAUGCAGAUUUGGUUAUGCAUGAUGAGGCAGCCAAGAGGGAGCAGGAAUCUGCUCAGCGCGCGGUCGAGGAGGAGAGGAGGAGGAAGGAGAAAGAACGCAAGGAACGAGAGAAGCGUGAGCGGAAAGAGCGGGAGAAGGCUGAGGCAGCUGCAGCGGCUCAGCGCCGACGCGAGGAGGAGGAACGGCGCGCUGCUGAAGAGGAAAAGCGGAGGGAAGAAGCCCGUCGAGCUGCGGAGGAAGAACGACAGAAGGAAACGGCCGAGGAGAUGCUCCGGCGCCAGGAGGCUGAGAAUGAAGAGCGGAGGCGAAGGGCCGAACAGAGGAGGAAGGAGAUCAAGGAGAAAGCAGAACGUGCCAAGAAAGCAGCAGCGGCUGGGCUCCCACCGUCUGCAGCAGCCGCUCUUGCCGCAGAGGCUGUUGCGAGGGAGGCAAAACCGCCUACGGCGCACAUCACGGUUGCCGUGCUGGGACACCAGAGCGCCGGGAAGUCCAUGCUGGUCGGGGCUCUCUUGCUGGCGACGGGUGCAAUCAGUGAGCGUGACCUCGCAAAACGCCGAAAGGAGGCAGAGCGCUUGAAAGAUGAGUCCCAGCGCGAGGAUGGGCUGCGCACGCCAAAGGGUGCCGAGCUCGCACUGCUCGACGUCCCAGGAGGCCGUCGGUCGCUGCCCCAAGCGGUCGCCGCAGCUGCGGAGGCAGACGUGGCCCUGCUUGUCGUCUCGGCCAAGGGCCGAGAAUUAGAGGCAUCGCUCAAGGAGGCAGGAGGUGGCCCGUCUACGUUGGCAGAGCAGCUGCGAGCAGCUCGUGGACUUGGCACCGCAGCCAAGGAGGGCCGCCUGGCUGUUGCCGUGACCAAGAUGGACGAAGUUGGCUGGGCGCAGGAUCGCUUCGACGAGGUGAUUGCCAUACUGACCCCAGUUCUGACAAACGCAGGCUUCAGCCAAGCGGCCACCGUCUUCGUCCCUGUGGACGGCCUGACAAACCAGGUCGAUGCCAAGAAGGCCCUUUGGCACACGGGUGUUUCGCUUCUACAAUGCUUUGACGACAUGGCCAGCAGCUCCGAGCCACGGCCAGGCGCUCUUCAAAUCCUCCUUUUCGAGUCCGCGCCCGCUGCAAAGGGUGCGAUACGUGUGCGUGGCCGUGUCGAGCGAGGCACGCUACGGCCCGGCGAGCGCUGCCAGCUGGCGCCCGGCUCUGCUCCGUGCACCGUCGAGGUGCUCCGCAUGGCCGCUUCGCGCAAUGUGGUACCGCUGGCUGAGGCAAAGAGUGGCCAGAACGUGGAGCUGCAGCUUUCUGGCGGGCCCUUCCCGGAAUGGCCAGUUGUUGGAGGUGCUUCCACUAUCGGCUGGUGUGGUGCUGUUCUGAGCUCCGUUGACUCGCUUGUGGAGGUUUCUGACUCGGUGAAAGCCUACUUGGAAGUGCUGGAAUUACCACGGCCUAUGACAGCUGGGUUCAAGGCUGUCUUGCACGUGCAUGCUGCAACGGUGGAUGCCGAGAUAGAGCACAUUCUGGAUGCCACUGAUUGGGCAACUGGAGUGACCAUCGAGAAGCCUAAGAUUGUAAAGGCUGGACAGCGGCUGACGGUCUUGCUGAAGUUCUCACGCCAGGUGCCCGUUUGCAGCUUCUCUGAUGCUCAACGCAGCCGCCUGAGCCUUCUGAUGCUCCGCCUCGAUGAGACCACAGUGGCCGUUGGCCACAUCCUCGAGGUGAAGUGA